CGUGUGCCCGCCRCCAGGGAGGCUGCCGCCAUCAUGAACGACACGGUGACCAUCCGGACCAGGAAGUUCAUGACCAACAGGCUGCUGCAGCGCAAGCAGAUGGUGAUUGAUGUUCUUCAUCCUGGGAAGGCUACAGUGCCCAAAACAGAAAUUAGGGAAAAGYUGGCAAAGAUGUACAAGACAACCCCUGAUGUUAUCUUCGUCUUUGGCUUCAGAACUCACUUUGGUGGUGGAAAGACAACAGGUUUUGGUAUGAUCUAUGAUUCCCUGGACUAUGCAAAGAAAAACGAACCAAAGCACAGGCUGGCUAGGCAUGGCCUCUAUGAGAAAAAGAAGACUUCUAGGAAACAGCGAAAGGAGCGUAAGAACAGGAUGAAGAAAGUCAGGGGCACAGCCAAGGCAAAUGUUGGUGCUGGCAAGAAGAAGAAAUGAAGUAUCUAGCAGUAAAUGAACUUAUUUUGGAUGGAAAAUGGAGAACAGACUAAAUUAUUCUGGAAAGAAGAGCGAGAAGAAAUAUUCUGGAAAGAAGCUGCUCAUCUGGCCUUAACAUCAAAUAAACUGUCUCAGUUAAAUGUCUGUCUGCUCUUUUGUAUUGAUUUGAGUUCUGUAGUUUUAUGAAGUACAAGAGGUUAAUUUGCUGCAGUGCUGCUGUGGUAUUGAAAGU